GUCAAGAUGGUGGAUAUUCCUUAUCGAUGAAAAAUCGAAACUGUAACGAAGCAAUCACCGGUGUUGGCAAACAUUACUAACACUAGUAACACAAUGGCGACCAAACCAUUGGAACUUGGACUUGAUGGUGAUGCAGAAACCAUGACACCUGAAGAUGAAAGGCGAAGGCGUACAUUGCAGACCACCUGUCAGGCUUUGAAGUCCUACUUCACUUCACUAGAGAGUCAGAUGACAUUGGACAUUGAACGAUUUCAGCAUAUGAUUGACAUCAGUGCAGUGGAGACAUCCACCGAGAUAGACUUGCAAGCAAACAAACUGAUAUCAGACUUCACAAAAGCAGUCCGUAUAGAUAUGUUGAACAAGAAGUCUGAAUUGGAACGAUGUCGAAAAUCUACCAACAAUGAAAUACGUCGGUCAUUUUCCGAGGUCAAAUCACUAGUAGAUAAAGGAACAUCCAGUGCGGGGCAUGCAGAAGAAAGAUUUCAGUGUGGGUCACUUGAAGAUAUCGAAGAGAGUGUUAAAAAAGUUACCCAAGUUAAGAAAACCUUAACAGAAUAUUUGGCCUCAACUUCUUUUGAGGUGCCUAACAUGAAGUUCACUUUAAUUCAGUCCAAGAAGGCAAAUGGAAAAACAUUUUAUCCAUCCGUUGGAAGAAUAUCAGUACCAGAUGUGAAGGCACUUUGUCACAAACAAACAACUCCAUUAGAUGUAUCAGGAUUACAAACAGCUCCACCAGAUAAAGCCGAAAGUGCUAUGACACACACUGGUAAAAAGAGAGCAUCAUUAGAAACAUCCAAACCAUAUUCAGAAAUGAAUUUGAGAACUGAGAAGUUUGAUAAAAGGAAAACAUCAUUAGAGACAUCAAAACGAAAUGCUGAUAGACAAAGAACACCGGAGGUACAGACGUCAAAUUCGAUUCCAUAUCGAGAAAACAGUUCGACAAAUGGGAAAUCUAACAGACGGAGAUUGCCGUUAGACGUUACAACAUCUGUACCAGAUUCAGACACAACUUCUUCAAACCAGAAAUUUGAUAGAAGGAGAACACCGUCAGAGACAUCAGAAUCAGAUUUGGCUUUGAGAAAAGAUCAUAAAACUAAAUACAGAACAUCAAAAUCUGCAUCGGAUAAAGUGGUAAAUACUCAAACAAGCAAGAAAUACAGUAAACAGCGAAUUCCAUUUGAUACAUCAAAAUGUGAAGAAGAUGAAGAUGAACCAGUAUUGCCUUUGACGAACAGGAAGUUGAGUAAAUUACGACUUGAAACUUCUUUUAAUGUAAAAACACAAUCUGACAUGCACGAUAGUAGACUGAUGUCCAUCUUGGUUCUUAAAAAUAAGGGGCUAGUCAAAAUCGUUGUCACUGAUUGCAGCAACCAGUGUUUGAAGUUAUUUUGCAGCACAUCUACAACUCUUCUAAGCGUUUGCAGUGUCACCGGUCAGCCGUGUGGUCUAGCUAGGUCACGUGAUCGAGUUCUAGUCACUCUGCCCUUUAAACGACAGAUCUUGUUUGUGAACGUACAGGAUGAGAUGAGAGUGACAGAGAGCCUGAACACUGAUAAACAGUACUACUACAUAGCUGUUCUGCCUGACAACACUUUGGCCCUCACUACAGAUCUGACCGAAGAUGGGUGUGUUGACAUACUGAGCCCGAGAGGUCACUUUGUGCGGUCCAUCUCAAAUAACAUAAUCCCCUACCCGAGAAGUCUGACCGCUAAAGGCGACUCUCUCGUCGUGGUGUCGGACUCUCGCGCGACCUUGACCUGUGUGACACCAUCAAGAAUUGUUUUGUGGAUGGCGGAGGACUCUGCCAUGCUGAAAGAUUUGGCGAAUAUCACUGCCGACGUGUUUGAGUUUGUCUAUGUCUGUGAUAAGGCGAGAGGUGCUAUUGUCCAGCUGACUCCAGACGGCGAGGUCGUGCGUGAUAUCAUCACGCGCAACGAUGGGCUGUCGGGCCCUGAGGCCAUCAGCUGUUUUCACGAUAAACUGUAUGUGGCAGAGAGAUUCGGGGAAAUUAAAAUCUUUCAGUGGACCUAAUUUUAACUGAAAUCAACUACGCUGAAAACAGAGCUUGCUUGUUAAUGAGAGUCUAACAUUAUACAAAAUAACUAGAAUCAUGGACAUAAUUUAAAAAUAAAGUACAAGUCGGUUAUAGACAGGAGUUACCUGUUCAUGACAAGAAAAUCCAAUUCUUAUAAUAUAAACACACAAAUUAUGGUCAUAAUGUUAACAGAAAAGCUGUGCUUAUUCUAGCAAAAAUAUAUAUUAUCUAAAAAAAGAUAAUGAUAUAAACAAUGUAAUACUUUUAAUUAACAAACAAUACAUAUAUACUGAGAUGCAUAAAUAACACAAUGGGUAUUUCACUGAAUAAUCUCCUAUAGAAAUGUCAAAUCAUAUAUACUGAGAUGCAUAAAUAACGCAAUGGGUAUUUCACUGAAUAAUCUCCUAUAGAAAUGUCAAAUCAUAUAUACUGAGAUGCAUAAAUAACAAUGGGUAUUUCACUGAAUAAUCUCCUAUAGAAAUGUCAAAUCAUAUACUGAGAUGCAUAAAUAACACAAUGGGUAGUUCACUGAAUAUCCUAUAGAAAUGUCAAAUCAUAUAUACUGAGAUGCAUAAAUAACACAAUGGGUAUUUCACUGAAUAAUCUAUAGAAAUGUCAAAUCAUAUACUGAGAUGCAUAAAUAACACAAUGGGUAGUUCACUGAAUAUCCUAUAGAAAUGUCAAAUCAUAUAUACUGAGAUGCAUAAAUAACACAAUGGGUAUUUCACUGAAUAAUCUCCUAUAGAAAUGUCAAAUCAUAUACUGAGAUGCAUAAAUAACACAAUGGGUAGUUCACUGAAUAUCCUAUAGAAAUGUCAAAUCAUAUAUACUGAGAUGCAUAAAUAACACAAUGGGUAUUUCACUGAAUAAUCUCCUAUAGAAAGCAUGUGGACAAAUGAAAUUGGUAACAACUAAGUGAAAGAGGAUUUUGUUCAAAUCAGAAUUUAAAAAAAAUAAAAUUACUUUUCAGCUAAAAGCAUAACUUGGGUGUUUAUUGCAACAACAGCAGCAUUGCAUAUGAAACUAUUUUUGCAUGUGUGUUGCCUUCUCUUAUCUCCCAAUAAAAGCAACUAUUUUAAAAAAUGCUGUUUUACUGCUAAAAAAAAAACCCCACUCCAAGUUGUGUUUUUUGUUUGAAAACACAUUUUAUUCAAGUUUACCAUACCAGAGCAAGGUAGGAAUUUAUUAACAAAUAGGAGCUUCAUUGUUUGAAACAGUUUUAAGUUAAUUAGGAAAAUAUUUGUAAUUAUGUAAUAUACUGUAAAUGAAAUUAGGUAUUACAAAAUAUUAUGGAAUUUAGUGUUGAUUAAUGCUCCCUACCUACUUGUUUAAAAACUGUAGCACAAUCUGUGGACUGACUUAUGUUUUCACUGUUCAGUAUAUGACAAGCCAUCAUUGUUUCUCUGUGAUAUUCCUGUUUACAAUUCCUAUAGCAGGUUUUGCUAACAAUGAUUAUGUAAAUAUAUACCAUUCACCAUUCUCAAACUGAGACAUCUCAUAAUUUUUUGUGUUAUAAAUAUAUUAAAAAUGACGAUGGACCUGCGUGUACAAUGUAUGUUGAAUCAAGAUCUCAUAGCUGUUACUGUUUUAAAAUGAUGUUAUAUGUUAUAAAAGAGACAUCUGUUGAUAGCAACAACAAAUAUGUUUGCUUAAUUAUUGGUUGUGUAUAUAUAUAUUUAUAUAAUUGUGUAUUACCUAUAAUGGCUAAAAUAUCUGGAGUAAUAUUUGUUAGAUAAUUGCACAGGGUACAGAAUACUUGUACAGCCACUAAUUGCACAGGGUACAGAAUACUUGUACAGCCACUAAUUGCACAGGGUACAGAAUACUUGUACAGCCACUAAUUGCACAGGGUACAGAAUACUUCUACAGCCACUAAUUGCACAGGGUACAGAAUACUUGUACAGCCACUAAUUGCACAGGGUACAGAAUACUUCUACAGCCACUAAUUGCACAGGGUACAGAAUACUUGUACAGCCACUAAUUGCACAGGGUACAGAAUACUUGUACAGCCACUAAUUGCACAGGGUACAGAAUACUUGUACAGCCACUAAUUGCACAGGGUACAGAAUACUUAUACAGCCACUAAUUGCACAGGGUACAGAAUACUUCUACAGCCACUAAUUGCACAGGGUACAGAAUACUUGUACAGCCACUAAUUGCACAGGGUACAGAAUACUUGUACAGCCACUAAUUGCACAGGGUACAGAAUACUUGUACAGCCACUAAUUGCACAGGGUACAGAAUACUUGUACAGCCACUAAUUGCACAGGGUACAGAAUACUUGUACAGCCACUAAUUGCACAGGGUACAGAAUACUUGUACAGCCACUAAUUGCACAGGGUACAGAAUACUUGUACAGCCACUAAUUGCACAGGGUACAGAAUACUUCUACAGCCACUAAUUGGCUGGCUUGAAAAUGAUGAUUUGUUAGAUAAUUGCACAGGGUACAGAAUACUUCUACAGCCACUAAUUGGCUGGCUUGAAAAUGAUGAUUUGUUAGAUAAUUGCACAGGGUACAGAAUACUUCUACAGCCACUAAUUGGCUGGCUUGAAAAUGAUGAUUUGUUAGAUAAUUGCACAGGGUACAGAAUACUUCUACAGCCACUAAUUGGCUGGCUUGAAAAUGAUGAUGUUUCAUUGUUUGUUAGAUAAUUGCACAGGGUACAGAAUACUUCUACAGCCACUAAUUGGCUGGCUUGAAAAUGAUGAUUUGUUAGAUAAUUGCACAGGGUACAGAAUACUUCUACAGCCACUAAUUGGCUGGCUUGAAAAUGA